GGAUGGAGAUUUAUUUAAGUCAUAGCAGGUUUAGAUAAUUUUAUCUGUAGUUCAGUGCUGCAUUUAAUAAAUAUUUUGGUUGCCAUACAAAAAACAAUAGUCAUAAAAUUCCGAUAUACAGGCUAACAAAAUAUAUAAAAAAAAAAAGAAAUAUAUAUUUAAACAAAUUAAAUCGUUCCGAAAAGUCAGAAGAAAAGAAAAGCUAUUAUUCUCGUGCUCAUCCUUUGAUUUCGUUUAUUCACAGUCAGCGAUUUCUGCACAGCUCUUCGCAUGUCCAUUCAGAAUCUCAAUUCGCGCGAUCCUUUCGCCGAUGCCAUCAAGGGACCCGAUGACGACAUUCAGGACGGCCUUGUCCACAUACGCAUCCAACAGCGCAACGGCCGCAAAACUUUAACCACUGUCCAGGGUUUGUCGGCCGAGUACGAUCUCAAGAAAAUCGUGCGCUCCUGCAAGAAGGAAUUCGCAUGCAACGGCACCGUCAUUGAGCAUCCCGAAUACGGCGAAGUCCUGCAGCUCCAGGGCGAUCAGCGCGAGAACAUUUGCCAGUGGCUGACCAAGGUGGGCCUGGCCAAGGCCGAUCGCCUCAAGGUGCAUGGCUUCUGAGCGUGCCUACGCAGCCGGGACAAUCAACAUCACAUCAAUGGGAUUAAAAAAGACAUAGGCAAAGCAAAGGCAAAAGCAAAACUAACUAAAAAAGAGAAACAACACACAAAGUUUAAAAUGCCUCAUUUUUAGUUAAAUAUCUAAUUAAAAGUUUCACCGUUCUGCAGUGCA